GAAUGUUUUAUGUUCGUCUAUUUCUGUUAUUGUGCCUUAUGUUUAUGAUCAUCAGGGAUUUGGAGGAACAUUGUACCUGCGCAGGGCUAGUAUUUGAAAGGGACCAGGCAGUGGGACAGACGUGUCCGGGAACACUCCCUGGCCCAGCCGUGGAGGACGCUUCACAGGCAAUUUGUGAAACUAGGAGCGACCAGGUCAUCUUAGUUUCUAGAGAGUGUGGUUCUUAUCGCCCACUCCCUUCCAGGUUUGUAAUAUCAGUUUUACAUCAGUCUGUUGCCGCGCGGCUCUCGGUCUUGAGUCUGUGUCUGUCAUUUUGUAUUGUUGUUUUUGUCUUUGUGUUUGUUUUUGAGUUGGAAUCUAGUACAAUGGGACAACAAAUAACCACCCCCUUAACUUUGACUUUAGACCACUGGAAAGAGGUUGAGGACAGAGCUCACAACCAGUCUAUGGUAAUCCGAAAGAAACGCUGGCAAGCGUUCUGUUCCGUGGAAUGGCCCACUUUCGGAGUGGGCUGGCCACAGGACGGAACAUUUAAUCUGAAUAUUAUUUUGCAGGUUAAGACAAGAGUCUUUCAGCCUGGCCAGCAGGGCCAUCCUGAUCAAGUUCCUUACAUCGUAACUUGGGAGAGCUUGUCCAGAGACCCUCCGCCCUGGGUCAAACCAUUUGUCCUGCCUGCGGGAGCCGGAAACCCAGUACCAGCUCCCUGGCCCUCCACCACCCCUUUGACUCCGAGGGCGGCAGCAACCCCAACUGCCCCUCCCCUGGACCCGUUGUCCUCUCUCUUCCCCAUGCAGGAGCGACCGAAACAGAAGUCCCAGACCCAGACACCACCAAUCCUCUCUGACAAUCAGUCAGACCUCCUGCUUUUUGACCCUCCUCCUCCUUAUCCCCGGCCUCUUCUGCCCCAGGCCGAGGCAGCCCCCCUCGCGCCUGUUCCUGGGGAACCUGCUGAACCUGAUAUAGACCCUGACAGGCCCCCUAGCCCUGACACGACUGAUACUGCUGAGGGGGGGCCUAACUCGCAGCCAGCAGGCCGGCUGCGGCUCCGCAGAGGGACAUCUGCAAGGGAAAGGUGGACUUCCCAGGCACUACCCCUCCGCUCAAUGGCUGACCAAUUUCAAUACUGGCCUUUUUCAGCCUCUGAUCUUUAUAACUGGAAACUUCAUAACCCCUCCUUUUCCCAGGACCCCCAGGCCCUUACUGCCCUUAUAGAAUCUGUUCUGAUUACUCACCAGCCCACUUGGGAUGAUUGCCAACAGCUUUUGCAGAUACUUCUCACUACAGAGGAGAAACAGCGUGUUUUCCUUGAAGCUCGGAAGAAUGUCCUGGGAGCUGACGGAAGGCCAACCCAGUUGCCAAAUGAGAUAGAGGAUGCCUUCCCUUUGACCCGACCCAAUUGGGACUUCAAUACUCCAGCUGGUAGGGAGCGACUUCGUCUCUACCGUCAGAUUCUGUUAGCGGGUCUCCAAGGGGCUGGCAGACGGCCCACUAAUUUGGCUAAGGUAAGAGCAAUAAUACAGGGGCCUGAGGAAACACCUGCAGGAUUUCUAGAAAGGCUAUUGGAGGGGUACAGAAUGUACACCCCUUUUGAUCCCAUGGCAGCGGAUCGCCAGGCUGAUAUAAUAAUGUCUUUUAUAAGCCAGUCAGCACCUGAUAUUCGUAGCAAGCUGCAGAGGAUGGAGGGACUGCAGGGUUACUCCCUCCAAGAUUUAGUAAAGGAGGCAGAGAGAAUUUUUAACAAAAGAGAGACACCAGAGGAAAAGGAAGAAAGAAGGCGCAAGGAACAGGAAGAGAGAGAGGACAAACGAGAUAAAAAGCGUAGUCGUGAGUUAAGUAAGAUCUUGGCCACAACAGUACGCAGUAUAGAGCAACCUAAGAAGCGCCAGGACAAGGAUAGGGGAGACAAAAGGCGGCCACGAGUGGACCGAGAUCAAUGUGCCUAUUGCAAAGAAAGAGGACAUUGGAUCAAGGACUGCCCAAAACGUCCAGCUGAACCCAAGAAAAAGCCAGUUCCUGUCCUAGCCCUGGAAGACAGUGAUUAGGACAGUCAGGGCUCAGAGCCCCCCCCUGAGCCCCGGGUAACCCUUCUAGUGGGGGGGCACCCUACCACAUUUUUGGUAGAUACUGGAGCCCAGCAUUCGGUCCUCACACAAGCAAAUGGACCUUUGAGUUCAAAAACCUCUUGGGUUCAGGGGGCCACCGGGGGAAAAAUAUACCGAUGGACCACAGAAAGAAAAGUUAAUUUAAACACUGGUCAAGUGACUCAUUCCUUCCUCAUGGUGCCAGAAUGCCCCUACCCAUUGCUGGGCAGAGACCUCCUGUCCAAAGUUGGGGCACAAAUUCACUUCUCAGAAAAUGGGGCCUCAGUUACUGACAAUACUGGCCAGGCUCUUCAAAUUCUAACUUUAAGAUUGGAGGACGAACACAGACUGUUUGAACUGCCUCCUCCCCCGGAGCUGCCCAUCGAUAACAAAUGGCUCCGUGAUUUCCCCCAGGCCUGGGCGGAAACCGCAGGUAUGGGGCUGGCAAGCAAUCAACCUCCUUUGAUAAUAGAGUUAAAACCAUCAGCCACUCCAGUUUCCAUAAGACAAUACCCCAUGAGCCGCGAGGCCCGAGAAGGAAUCAGGCCCCACAUUCAGAGACUUUUAACAUUGGGCAUCUUAAAGGCCUGCCAUUCCCCCUGGAACACACCUCUUCUCCCAGUAAAGAAGCCAGGCACAGGGGACUACAGACCAGUCCAAGACUUAAGGGAAGUUAAUCGCCGCACUCUAGACAUUCAUCCUACGGUGCCCAAUCCUUAUAAUCUCUUAAGUACCCUGCCUCCGACCCAUGUAUGGUACUCAGUACUUGAUUUAAAAGAUGCUUUUUUCUGUCUGAGACUUAGCCCUCAGAGCCAGCCAUUGUUUGCCUUUGAAUGGAAAGAUCCUGAUUCAGGAGUUUCUGGGCAGCUCACCUGGACGAGACUACCCCAGGGAUUCAAGAAUUCUCCAACUCUAUUUGAUGAGGCCCUACACCAGGAUCUGGCCAGUUUUCGCACCGCCAAUCCAGAGGUAAUCUUACUCCAAUAUGUAGAUGACCUCCUGCUGGCCGCAGAGACUGAGCAAAAAUGCCUCAGAGGGACUCGAGCCCUACUCACCAGAUUAGGUGAACUGGGCUACAGGGCAUCUGCUAAAAAGGCACAGAUCUGCAAGAAGCAAGUAGCCUACCUGGGGUACCUCUUGGAGGGUGGACAGAGAUGGUUAACAGACAGUCGGAAGCAGGCCGUGGCACAAAUUCCCCCUCCCAAAGGGGCGCGAGAGGUCCGAGAGUUUCUGGGAACUGCCGGUUUCUGUAGGUUAUGGAUACCGGGUUUCGCUGAAAUGGCCACCCCACUGUAUCUGCUUACCAAAGCCAACGUCCCUUUCUUCUGGGGAGAGGACCAACAACGGGCUUUUGAUAAAAUAAAAAGGGCCCUCCUUUUGGCCCCUGCUUUGAGUCUCCCUGAUGUCACCAAACAAUUCACCUUAUACAUAGACGAGAACAAGGGAGUAGCAAAAGGGGUGCUGACUCAGAAACUGGGACCCUGGAAAAAGCCAGUGGCCUACAUCUCCAAAAAGAUGGACAAUGUGGUGACAGGAUGGCCCCCUUGCCUCUGUAUGGUAGCAGCUGUAGCUACCCUGGUCAAAGAUGCAGAUAAAUUGACUCUGGGCCAACCGCUGACUAUAAUAGCACCUCAUGCUUUAGAGACUGUAAUUCGUCAAACCCCUGAUAGAUGGCUCUCCAGUGCCCGUAUAACCCACUACCAGUUGCUAUUGCUCAACCCUGAACAUAUCACAUUUGGAAAUGCGACGUUACUGAACCCCGCUACCUUGCUCCCCAAUUCGGAACCCACUGUUUGGGUACCUCAUGACUGUCAUCAGAUAUUGGCAGAAUACCACGGGACCAGGGAUGAUUUGACUGAUUGCCGGCUCCCUGAUGCAGAUUAUACCUGGUUCACAGAUGGCAGCAGCUUCUUCAAAGAAGCUUUCCCCACCAAACGAGAAACGGCUCAAAUGGUGGUGAAGAAGAUACUAGAAGAUAUUUUUCCUCGGUUUGGCCUGCCCAAGGUAAUCUGGUCUGACAACGGCCCGGCCUUUGUCUCCCAGGCGCUGCUAAAAGCACUUCAGAUCGUCCAGGCCCAAGUGUGGAGACCCCUAGCUGCUGCCUACCAGCCUGGGCAUCCGGAGAUCUCGCACCCGUUCCAGGUUGGCGAUUCUGUGUACGUGCGGAGACAUCGGUCCCAAAACCUUGAACCUCGCUGGAAGGGACCCUACACCGUGCUUCUUACGACACCUACUGCCCUCAAAGUGGACGGUAUUGCAGCCUGGAUCCACGCGUCUCACGUCAAGCCG